AUGUGGAAUAAUAAAAUUGAUAUAAAUGAUGUUAUAAAAGAAAUAAUAUAUAGAUCAGCCGAUGAUUGCAAUUAUAAUAAUGUGGAAAUAAAUUUCCCAAGUAUAAUAAAAUAUUUUUAUGAUGUAAUAAAUAGAUAUAAUAUAAAAAAAAAUAUUUCUGAUGAAAUUUUUAAUAAAUUAUUAAUAAUAUGUAAGAAUAUAAUAGAAGACAAAAUAAAAUGUGACAAUUUAAAACCAAUAUUAGAUAAUGAAUCAAGAUUGUAUCUUAAUAAUUCAGAUUUUCAAAAUGAUGAAAAUAUAAAUGAACAAAUUUGUUAUUAUAAAAGUUUUGAUUUAUUUAAUUUGGAAAAUAAGGAAAUACUUGAAAUAGACAAUUUAUAUAAGCAACGAAAUAGUAAUAACUAUUCUAAUAAUUUUGAAGAUAAUGAAAAUGAAUAUUUAAGCAAUGAUGAAUGUAUUCCUUAUAGUAUACAUAAUGAAGCUUCUAAUAAAAUAAAUAAUAACGUUUUUAAAUUUACAAAAUUGUGUAAAAAAGAAAAUGAAUAUAAUAUUUUAAAUGAGGAUAGUAAAAAAGAUCAAGUAAAUAUUUUUUCACUUAUGAAAAAUGAUGAAAAAAAAAAAAAAAAAUGUUAUUAUAAAAAUGUAAGUGAAUCAACUAAAACAAAAAAUAUUAGUGAUAAUAAUUUAGUCAAUAAUGAAUAUCAAGAAAAUUGUUGGAAAUAUUUUGAUUAUAAUAAUAUAAAUAAAAUCGAAACUCACAAUUUAAUAAAAAUAAAUGAAAGCUCUUUUUUACAUAAAAAUAAUAGAAAUUUAUUAAAAAUAUAUUUAAAUGGAGAAACAAUAUGUAAUAUAUAUAAAAAGGUUACAAAAUGUAGACAUAAUAAUGGUGAAAAUAAUAAUGGUGACAAUAAUGGUGACAAUUUUUAUGUUAAUAAAAAAAAUAAAAUGAAAAUAUAUAAUGAAGCCAAUCUUUUUUUUACCUAUACCAUGUUAAAAAAAAUGUUUAUUUUAUGGAUGAAUAUUGUGAAUAAAAAAAAAUUAAUAAAUAAAAAUAAAAUUAUAUUCAAUAAAAUGUGUAACAAAAAAGUGUUAAUAAAAUAUUAUGAUAUAUGGAUAUACCGUUUUGAAAAAAAAAUAUAUUUAAAACAUACAUAUGAAAGAUUAGUUAUAAAAAAUGAUAGCAUAAGAAUACGAAAGUUUUUUAAUAAAUGGUUAAAUAAAUACAAAAAGAAAAGAAAAAAAAAUUUUAUUUAUUGUCUACAUAUAUUUAGUGAAUGGAAAAAUUUUGCAGAAAAAAGUAAAUUAUUACAAUUAUCCAAAAAUAAGCUGGAAAAAAAAAAAAAAAAAAAAAUAUUUACUAUUUGGAAAAAUAAAUAUCAAAAUAAAAUUAUUAAGAAAAUUAAAAAUAAAGAAAUAUAUAAUAUUUAUAAUAAAAAUCUGUUAAUCAAAUGUUAUGUACAUUUAGUUUUAUAUUAUAAAAAAAGAAAACAUGAAAAUGAAUCUUAUCAAGUUAUAUAUACUAAGUGGAGAAUACAUGUGUGUAAAAAAUAUUUUUAUUUUUUUAUACAAAUAUAUAAUGAAGAAUUAAAAUUUAAAGAGUAUUAUCAAAAAUAUAUAAAUAAAAUAAAAACAGUUUUAACCAAAAAAUAUUUUUAUAUCUUAUAUAAGUAUUAUAAAAAAUGUAAGCAACUGUCUUUAUCCUUAACAAAAUGGAAAAAUCAAAAAAAAAAAAAUAUACCACAUAUUUAUUUUUUACAAUGGAUUGAUAUAUAUAAUGAAAAUUUAAAAAUUAUGAAUUUAUUAAAAUGUAUAAAUGAAAAAAAAAAAGUCUAUAUUUUAAAAAAAUAUUUCACAAUUUUGAAAAAGCAUAAAGAGAAAAAAUUUUAUUUAAAAAAAUUAUUUAUUUAUAUAUAUGAAAAAAAAAAUAAACAAGACAUGAAAAUAAUAUAUAAUAAAUGGAAAAAUUAUUAUGUUUUAAACUCUUCAAAAUAUAUAUUUUUAUAUAAUAAAUAUAAAUAUAAAAUUAUGAUACAAUCUUUUUAUCUUUUAUAUAAAUAUAAAGAAUAUAAAAAAAAACGAAAAGCACACAUAUUAACUAUUGAUAGCUAUUUUGUUAAUAAUUUAAAAAAAAAUGUGAUAAAAAAAUGGAUAAUGUAUAUAAAAAUAUAUAAAAAAAAUAUUUUAAGUUAUUACAAAUUUAACAAUGAAAGCAAUCUUCUUUUGUUAUUCAUGUCGAAGAUUAUGAUAAAAAAUCAAACACUUUCAAAGUUAGUAAAUAAAAUAACUAUUUUAGAUAUUGUUAAUUUUUAUAAUAUUGAUAUAAAUAUAAAUACCUUAAUAUAUGUUCAUAAAAAAUAUUAUUUAUUUUAUAAUAUAAUGGAAAAUCCGAGUUAUUUUUAUAAAAAUGAAUCUUUUAUACUUAAAACAAUAAACAUUGUCUUAUCUUUUGUUCCUGCUUCAUUUGUAAUUAAUUUAUCAAAACUUAAAUUCAGCUUGCCUUAUUUUGCCUUUGCCCUUAAAAUGGCCGUAUACAAGAUAAUUUUCACAAAUUGGCUGCUUAACUGUCGAUCUAUAAAAAGCUUCAAGAGAAAGAUGGAAGAAAAGAUUGUAAAAAGAUAUUUUUUGUCAUUGGUUUUGUUUGGAAUUAAAAAGAAAAAAUUAGCGAAAUUGAAAAUGGAGUAUGAAAUAGAACAAGAGAUUAUGUUAAAAAAGAAAAUAUUUACAAAAUGGUUAGGAUUGCGUAUAAAAUAUUUUAAAUUUCGAAAAAAAUAUGAUAUAUAUAUUUAUAAGACCAAAGAAAAUAGAAUAAAAAAAGCAUUAAUAGGGUGGUAUAAAAUAACUAAAGAGUCUAAAAAAAAAAAGGAAAAUAUAUUAAAUUUUUUUAAAAAAUUAUUAAUAAAAAAAAAAAGAAAAUGUUUUAAUUCUUUAAUUAUUAAUGUAAACAAAAAACAAGAAAUGAAAGUUAAAAAAGAAAUAUCAGAUUUAUUCUAUAUGAACAAAUUAAAAAAAAAAAUCUUUAAAUCAUUAUUUAUAUAUUCAAAAAAUAUGUUAUAUUUUUAUACGUUAAAUAAAAUGGCACAAAAUUAUCUUAAAGGUUUAUGUAUAAUUAAAUGGCGAAAAUUAACUAGACAAUAUUUGAAUAAAAAAGAAAAAAAUGCAAAUAUUUUAAAUUAUUUUUAUUUAAAAAUCAAAAAAAAGUUUUUUGAUAUGCUUAUUGUCUAUACUAGCCAUCGCCAAAUUAAUAAAAAAAAGAUUUCCCAUUUUAAAAAAAUACAAGAAAAAAUAUUUUUUUAUAAAUAUAUGAAGUGCUGGAAGAAUUAUGUUGAGAUCAAAAAAAAUAAAAAAGAAUUUAUGCAAAAAAUUGUUAACCAUUUCAACAGGAAAAAAAAAAUAAGUGUGCUAAGCAAGUGGUAUACAGCAUUUAUAAUAAACAUAAAAUUGAAGGAAGCGGAUUUAAUUUUUACAACAAAAAUAGUUAUUAUAUAUUUUAGUAAAUUAUUUUUGUAUUGCCAAAAAAUGAACAGAAUUUUGAGAUUUGUAAAAAAUAGACAAAAUGUGUUGAUUUGCCAACGAAUAUUAAAAGAAUGGAAAAGACAUACAAAAUUUGAAAAAAAAAGAAAAAAAUAUAAUGAAAAAAUAUGCAAAAAAAUAAAAAAAGAAUAUUAUAUUUUAUGGUGUAAAAUGUAUGAAAAAGUAAGAAAAAAAAAAGAGCAUGGGUAUAUAUUAUAUAAUAUUAGGCAAAUAAAUAAUUCAAAUAAAUUAUAUAAAUUUUACACAGAGUGGAAGAUUAAAUAUAUACAAAAUAAACAAAUAAAAACAUUUAUAUAUAUUAUAAAUAAAUAUAUAAUAGACAAAAUAAAAUUAAAAAUAAUUAUUAUAUUAUAUAAAAAUUAUGAAUAUUUUUUAAAUAUAUCAUCAUUAUUUAAUAAUUUUUUACUAGAAAAAAGAAAUAAAAUAAAAAAAAAUAUUUUUAAUUUAUUAGUAUAUAAUAAAAAUAGAAGAAUAAAGAAUAAAAUAGCUUUACAUUUUUAUGUCAAAAAAAUUAAAACAAAAGCUUUUUCUUCAUUAAAAAAAUAUAAAAAUAAAAAAUUAUUAUAUGAACAAAAUACUAAUAUAUUAAUAAAUAAAAAAAAACAAUUAUACUUUUAUACUAUCGUUAAUUUUUAUAAUCUUAUCCAUAAAAUUAAAACCAGUUAUUUUGAAUUAUGCAAAAAUAUAGAUACAAGAAUUAGGAGGGAAUUUUUUAUGAAAUGGCUUACAUUUUUGAGAAAAAAAAAAAUGGAAAAACAAAAUUUUAUCGAAUUUAUCAAAAAAAGGGAAAAUAAGAAAAAGGAAGAAAUAUUUUUGGAAAUGUUUAGAAAAUCAAAUAAAAAGAAAUACAUUGCUAUUAUAUUAAAGCGGGUUAAUCAUAUGUUUCAAACAAAAAUGUACCAAAUGGGGAUAAACAAAUUUAGGGCGAAUAGGAAAUAUAUGAUUGUACAGGAGAAAAUAUACAAAAAACUUGCAGAAAAGCGAAAGAAAAAAAUUAUGAGAAAAUGUGUAAAAGUGUUACAAAAAAAAGUUGCAAAACGAAAGAGAAAAGAAACAGAAGAAGAGAUGGUAACAUUUUUUUAUAACAGCUUUAUAAAGAAAAUAUAUUUUAGAAAAAUGAUAAAUAUAUCUACUCAAUUAUUAGAAUAUGAAAAUAAUAUAAUGGAAAAAAUAAAAUUGAAUAAUUAUUUUUAUUUUAAAAGAUGUUAUUUUAUUAAAUGGAAACUAUUUGUAGAAAAAAAAAAAAAAUAUAAAAAAAUGGAAAAUUUAAUCAAAUUAAAAAAAAUGGCAAGAAUAUUUUUUAUUUUCCUAUAUCUUAGAGCUAAAACUUCUUAUAAACAAAUUUUAGUAAUGUAUAAAAUUUUUAUUUUAUUCAAUAAUAUAUCUAAAGAAGUGGACACAACAUCUCAGUUACUUGAUUUUGGUUAUUCUUUAUUUUCGAAUGUUUAUAUUUUUAAGAAUAAUAUUGAGCCCAAUGUUAGAAGAAACUUGACAUCUAAUAGUUCUGGCUCUGCUUCUGCUUCUGCUUCUGGCUCUGCUUCUGCUUCUGCCUCUGCCUCUGCUUCUGCCUCUGCCUCUGCUUCUACAUCUCACAAUAACCCUACCAUAUGUAGUAACGCGACAAACGAUUUAGUGAUCGAUGCAGAACCCGUUUUAUUAAGUUGUUACAAAAGUGAAGAAAAAGAAGUAGUACAACAAAAUGAAAGUUUUAGAAACAAUAUAAUGAUAAAAAAAAAAAAAAGCAGAAAUUUAUUUUUUAAGAAUAUAAAAAUGUAUCUAGGAUUAAAUACAAUAUAUUCAAAAAUGAAAAAAAAAGACAAAUUAAAUAUAAAUGAGAAUAAAAUUAAGAUAAAAAAUGAUUAUUUUGCUAAUUUUUUAAAUAUUUGUAAUUUUUUAAAAAAUAAUAAUAUUAACAGAUUAGUAUUAAAUUAUUUAAUGUUAUAUGAUACAUAUGAUAUAAAUAUAUUUUUUAUCCAUUACAAAAAAAAAUUCAAAUUAUUAUAUAAUUAUUUUUUUAAUUUUCUGUCAAUAAAAAUGAAAAAAGCAUUAUUAAAAAUAUUUAAAAAAAAUGAUCCAUACUAUUAUAUAAAGUUAAUAAAUUCAAAAGAAAAACAGAUUCAAGACAAUUUAAAAAUUAUGUUAUUUAUUUAUUAUUUAUUUAAUACUACAUCUUUUCCAUGUAAUGAAAAUAAUUCCACUCUAUACAAUAUACAAAUUAUAUGGUUCAAUAUAAACAAUCUUUUUAAAAAUUCAAAAAAUGAACAAAAUUAUGAUGAUAAUAAUAAUAAUAAUAUUAGUAUUAGAAAUAGUGAUAAUGUGUCAGUUAUAAAUGUAUUUUACAAUAAAAAAAAAGAUUAUCAUUAUAAUAAUUUAAAAAAUAAAUCUAUAGAUUUAAUAGAAAGAAACAGCAAUUCGAGUAGUGAAUGUAACAGUGAUUAUUAUCUAAAUUGUGAUAAUAAUUGUUUCAUAGCUGAUAAAUAUGAAUCUAUUGGUGAUCAUCACACAAAUUUUCAUAUAAAAAAUGAUGUAAAUUUGUAUAGAAAUGGAAAAUCUCUAAAAAAUAUGAACUGUACAGAAAUAAUAAAUAAAGAUGGAAUAUUGAAAAUGCAAACUAAAAGAAAAUAUUAUUUAAUAACAAAAGAAAAUUAUGAAAAGAAAAUGAUGUAUUUAUAUAAUAGACUUCAAGGUUCUAUAUUAAAUAAAUUUCGAGAAAAUGAAAUGGCCAUAAAAUAUCCUUUUCUUUUAAAUUUAAAAAUAUCAAAACUAAUAAAAGUGUAUUUAUUUUUUAAAAAAAUGAAAAAUUGGUUAAAUGUUUGGAAUAAAUAUAGUUUAUUAAAGAAAGAAAAAAGAGACAGAGAUUUAAACAAAAUUGGAAGUUUUAAAAAAAAGAAGAAUACAGAAAAUUUAGAAAAAUAUUUUGGUACAUGGAUAUUAUUAUUUAAUACAAAAGUUAAAGAAAUGAAAAAUAAACGAAAAGCUAUUUUAAAAAAACAUAUUCAAUUAAUUUUUAUAUUUUGGCAUAAACUUAUAAUUGUAAAUAAUUAUAAUAAGGAUAAAUUUUUGGAACUAAAAAAUCAAAGUGAAAAAAAAUUAAAACUUACAUAUUUUAUAAAUUAUUAUAAUUUAUUUAAAAAAAGAAAAAAUGAAAAAGUAUAUUAUGAAAUUGUUUUAAAUCAUACUAAUAAUAAAAAGAAACAAACAUUUUUUUAUGUAUGGUUAUUAUUGUAUAAAUAUGAAAAAAAAUGUCAUUCCUUAAUAGAAAAAAAAAAUUAUAUUUUAUUACAAUCUUUUUUUCAUAAUUGGUUAUCUAUAUAUGAAAAGAGAUUAAUAUAUAUUAAUUUUAUAAAUGAAAUUAAAAAGAUAAUUCUUAAAAAAAAUAUAUUCAAGGAUGUUAUUCGAAAUUUUCGUUACUAUAAUUUUAUUAAAUUGAAAAAAGACAUGUUACAAAAAAAAUAUUUCCAAAUAUAUUAUAAUUUAAUCAAGAAAAAUAGUAUUAUAAAUAAAUUACAAAUAUAUAUAUAUUCAUCUUUACAAUACAAAAGAAUGAAAUAUUUAUUUUUCUACUGGAACAAAAAGUGUAAUACGCGAAAAAAAUGUUUGGAAAAUUAUUACACACAUUUAUCCAAAAAAAAACAUAUUAUAUUCACCAAAUGGAAAAAUAUAUUUGUUAAAAAUAAAAACAUAAAUGAUGAAAAAUUGACAAAAUUUAACAAACUAAUAAUGACCAUUUAUCUACAAAAAUUGAUUAUUUAUUGUCGUUAUAGAAAAGUAAAAAAAAAAGUUCAAAAAAAAAUAUUGAAUAAAUAUUUUUUUCAAUUAAAAAAAAAAUAUGAACAAUCUAGCCAAAUUAAAGCCUAUAUUAAUAAAUAUAAAUUGAAUGUAAAAAGAAAUGUAUUUUCAGCAUUAAAUAGAUAUAAAAUUUCACGAAAACAUAAUAACAAUUUAAAGAAAUAUUGUACAGAAUAUAAUCGUAAAUGUGUAUUGAAGAAGUAUUACAAAAUAUGGAUUAUGCAAUAUUUUAAAUUAAAAAAAAUAAAUAAUUGUGUUAAAGAGUUGUUAAUACAAAAUGAUAUAUUAAUGAAAACGACGAUUAUCAACAAUUGGAUUAAUUAUGCAAAAAAAAAAGUGACACUUCAAAAUUUUUAUCAUGUUGUAAUAUCAAAGAAAUACGAAAUUAUUAAGAAUAACAUAUUUUACAAAUGGAGGAAUAUGCAUAUAUUUUUUUCAAAACAAAGACAUAAAAUUUUGGGAGAAAAAUUCAAUAUUUGGAUGCGUAAUUUUAAGUUUAUAAUUUUUAUGAACAAAAUACACAUACAUUUUUAUAAUAUUUAUCAAGACAAUAUAUCAUCUUUUUAUUAUAUAUUAAAAAAAAAAAAUGAAAAUUAUAAAUUAUUGCAAAAUGGAUAUUUCCCUUUUGUAAAAAAUCAAAUAAAAGAAAUAAUUGAUUAUAAGGAAAAAUUUAUGCACACACUUUUUUAUGCAAUAAAUAAUUAUGCUAAUAAAAGAAAAAAAUUACGAUUGUUAUUGGCUAGUAGUAUUGAAAAACUAAUAAAUAAAAGAAAAAGUCAAUGUUUCUCUAUAUUAUUAAAACACAAAAAUAUAAGCCAAAAAAAGGUACACUUACACAAUUUAUAUCUUAAAUACACUAUUGAAAAAAAGUUUUAUCUUUUUAAAAAAUAUUUCUUUAUAAUAAUAAAUUUAUAUUUUUAUAACAAUCAUUUGCGAUUAUGUCAACAAACAAUCAAAUGUAGAAAAAGACAGAGAGUACUCAAUGAAUUUUUAACACAAUGGAAAAUUUAUAAAGAACAUUCAAAAGAAAAAGCUGCUUUAAAAAUUAUAUCAAAUAAUUUUUUAGCAUAUAGAAGAAAAACUGAAUUUAUUGUGGCUUUAAAACAAUAUUGUAUUGAGAAUAAAUGGAAAAAUUAUUGUGAAUAUAAUUCUUUAAUGUUUUCUAAAAAAGUUAAGGAAAAAAUGGUAACACAAUUUUUAGUCCAUUGGAAAAAUAAAGCCCUUUGUCAUUUUAAUAAAAUAAAAAAAAUUGAAGACUUUAAAAAUAAAUACAAUAUUAAUGUUAUGAAAAAAUAUUUCUUCAUUUUAAUAUUUUCCAUUAAUAAAGUGAAAAUUGAAAAAAAAAAUUUUGAUAUAGUUAGGUUUAAAAACGAAAAAAAUAUAAAACAAUAUAUAUUUAAUAUAUUAUACAAUAUUGCCUUAACAAAUAUAAAUAAUUAUGAACAAGUCAUACAAAUAGCUAUAGAAAAAAAAAAUAAUUACAUUUUAAAGUGUGUAUUUUUAUUCCUUCGUAAUUAUACAAUAACACGAAAAAAAAUUAAUAAUAUAUUUAUUAAUGUUAAACAAAAUAAUACCACAAUACUUUUAAAAAAAUAUUUCUAUAAUUUAAUUUUUAAGUAUGUCAUUAAUAUCAAUCAUCACAAAUAUUACUACUAUAACAAAUAUCUUUCUAUUUGGAAGUAUUAUGUUGUUAUACAAAAAAGAGAACAAAAUGAGGUUAGGAAAUCGGGUCAAGAAGAGGAACUUGAAACAGAUGAAUGUAAUUCUUAUAAGAAUUCUUCAGAGGAUAAUCUAAAUGAUGAAUCAGAAAAAUUAUCGGGAGAUGAUAUUAGCGAGCUUGACCAAAUAAAUUAG